CGCCCCAGCGCCGCCGCCAUGUUCUCCUUUAAUAUGUUCGAUCACCCCAUCCCUCGGGUUUUCCAGAACCGCUUCUCAACCCAAUACCGCUGCUUCUCAGUCUCCAUGCUUGCUGGACCUAAUGACAGGUCAGAUGUGGAGAAAGGCGGGAAGAUAAUUAUGCCACCAUCAGCUUUGGAUCAACUCAGCCGACUUAAUAUCACUUACCCAAUGCUGUUCAAGCUGACCAAUAAAAACUCAGACCGAAUGACGCACUGUGGAGUGCUUGAAUUUGUGGCUGAUGAGGGCAUAUGUUACCUUCCACACUGGAUGAUGCAAAACUUGCUUCUGGAAGAGGGAGGCCUGGUGCAAGUGGAGAGUGUUAAUCUUCAAGUUGCUACGUACUCAAAAUUUCAGCCACAGAGUCCAGAUUUUCUUGACAUCACCAAUCCCAAAGCUGUAUUAGAAAAUGCAUUGAGGAACUUCGCUUGUCUAACUACUGGUGAUGUUAUUGCCAUCAACUACAAUGAAAAGAUCUAUGAGCUUCGGGUAAUGGAGACCAAACCGGAUAAAGCUGUGUCCAUCAUAGAAUGUGAUAUGAAUGUGGAUUUUGAUGCUCCUUUGGGGUACAAAGAACCAGAAAGAACUGCACAGCAUGAAGAGACCACAGAUGUUGAAGCAGACCACAGUGGAUACGUGAGUGACGUAGGAUUUCGUGCAUUUUCUGGUUCUGGGAACAGGCUGGAUGGCAAGAAGAAAGGAGUUGAGCCCAGUCCAUCACCGAUUAAACCAGGAGACAUUCGAAGAGGAAUUCCCAACUAUGACUUUAAGAUUGGUAGGAUCACAUUCAUUAGAAACUCACGUCCGCUAGUUAAGAAAGUCGAAGAGGACGAAUCUGGAAGCCGGUUUAUUGCCUUUUCAGGAGAAGGCCAGUCCCUGCGCAAAAAGGGAAGAAAACCCUAAGUUGUGGUACCUUUAGUCAGUUAGGAGGAAAAUAAAACAAUUGCAGCAUAUUGGAUCUUAGUUACUGCAGUUGAGAGGAGGAGAGGUCAGUUUGCACACAGGAACGCUUUUACUGGUUUCAUGUUUAAAACUGGAGUUGUUGGACUGUCUUAAUUUUCAGUUGGAAAUUAAGUUGAAAGUAAGUUCUAGGAGUUCUGAAGAAAUGUUUUGUACGUGUUGUAAAGAGGGAGAAGUUGACCUCGGAUAAACCUGAGAGGUAAAACCAAGCUCUACCUUACUAGAAGGCCUGUUCUUAGACUGUAUCCUCCCCUUUUACAUCCCGAGCAGUGAUGGUCUCACGUCGCUCUGUGCUUGGUAUUUUCCUCCCUCUGUAUGUAUUUUGCCACAGUUUCGGGUAAGCUUUUUGGUGUGGUGUAAACCAAAGCAGAUACUUUGGUGUUUAGGACUUUUGUGCAGGGACUCUUUGAUCUUAGCUUCAGGUGUUGGGUUAUAAAUCAUUCUAAGCAA